AUUUGAGCGCACCCCCCUACUUGUAGGUACAAAGUUCUAUCUUGAAUCUCAUGACGGAGCAUAGGUGUGUGACGACGGGGCGAGACGCUGGCCACACAGUGAGAUGACCGACGCCUAUCCAGUGUUAGUGACAGGGGGCUCUGGUUGCCUGGGGCAACACCUCAUCAAACUCCUCCACACCCAUGCUCCGCAUGUAACAGAGAUCCGAGUCUUAGACAUGGCACCAUUCACCAAAAAACUUGAGUAUGAAGACAGAGUGCCGGUCACAAGCAUCACUGCAGACAUCGGGGAGUUAACCGACACAUCGCCGUUCCAAGGAGUGAAGACGGUGUUCCAUCUUGCCUCCAUCAUCAGUGUCAGCAACUUCCCUGACAUUGCCAAAAUGGAGAGGGUUAAUGUGAAAGGCACCAAGAACAUACUGGAGGCCUGUCUCAGUGCAGGGGUUGAGCGCAUGGUGUACUGCAGCACCGUCGAUGUUGUAUGCGGCUUCAGCAACAUCGUGGAUGGCACAGAGGACACAACUAGACCCCCAGGGCGACUGCUAUAUGAGGGCUACGGUGGCACCAAACUCAGGGCCGAGGAAGCAGUUCUCGCCUCCAAUGGCCAACCCUUGCAGUCAGGUGGGAGAUUCCAGGUGGUGACUCUACGACCCACUGUAUUCUAUGGAGAGCUGGACGCCCACUACAUCCCUUCAGUGCUACGGACGGCAAACCGUAAUGGCGGAGUGUUGGUUCAGAUUGGCAACGGAUCAGCUCUCUAUCAGCACACCUACGUCGGCAAUGUGGCCUGGGCAUUCGUCUGUGCUGACCGGACUCUCAAAUCAGUGACAGGGGAGGGGGACAUCUCGGGACAAGUCUACUUCAUCACCGAUGACUGCCCACCAUGCAGCUUGCCGGAUCAGGUCCUCCCCUUCCUCGUGGGCAGAGGAUUCCGUCUCUCCACAUACAGAGUACCCUUCUCACUUGUGUACUCCGCACUUUUGUUCACACAGGGGCUGUUGUGGCUUAUAUCACCCCUAACUAAGGUUGAUCUUGGCUUCUCGGCUCUUUCGCUUCGGUACGCCAACAUGACCUUGACCUUCAAGAGCAAGAAAGCAAGACUUAAACUGGACUACUCCCCUUUGUUCACACCAGAGGAGUCGAUAGUCCAGGCCAACGACUACUAUUCCAAACUCACAUUGACAUGACGUGGAGAACUUAAUACUGGAAACCUUCACUUGACCUCAAGAACAAGCAGGAUGCUCAUCUGAACAGUCAAAGUCAGAUAAUGAAUGAUGAAUCCCCUUGGGAUGAUAAAGUCUAAACAUAUCUUAAUAAGUCACCAUUUGCCAAUUAGUUUAGACUUAGAAAUAUUUACAAAUAUGCAUGAAAAAUAAUUAAAAUAAUAAAAAAAUAUUUAAAAACUUAAUUAGUUUACCAACACUGGGCAUGAUUACCAUAUGUAGCCUCUUUAGCUUUUUUUACCCUGUAUUAUUUUACAGAUAUUUACUUAAUGAUUGACGACAUUUAUACAUGAAAUCAACUGCAGUUAAUAAUGCACAAAAGCACUUUGUCUCACUGACUGUUACUUAGGCAUGUAUGUCCCUGUUGAGCUUACAAGUUACACAUUUGGGGCAGCACAUGAACAGAUACAAAUUAUAUUGGACUUAUCAUUGGACUGUACCCAAGGGAGUAAAAAUAUAUUGAAUGCCCAAAGAAUGUGAAUGAUAAUAUGAGUAAAUACUAAAUGGCUGAAUAUCUGGAGCCCUGCACAAUGUUGACAGAGACGUUUUGAGAAGACCUUGACCUUGACCCCAAGAACAAACAGGGAUACUCAUUUGAACAUUGGCCACCAAUGCCAACAGUUCUAAGAUCUUCACCUUGACCUUGACCUCAAGAACAAACAGGGAUACUCAUUUGAACAUUGGCCACCAAUGCUUACAGUUCUAAGACCCUAAUUGACAUUCAACUUGCCCUUGACCUCAAGAACAAGCAGGGAUACUCAUUUGAACAUUGGCCACCAAUGCUUACAGUUCUAAGACCCUAAUUGACAUUCAACUUGCCCUUGACCUCAAGAACAAGCAGGGAUACUCAUUUGAACAUUGGCCACCCAUGCCAACAGUUCUAAGACCUUCACCUUGACCUUGACCUCAAGAACAAACAGGGAUACUCAUUUGAACAUUGGCCACCAAUGCUUACAGUUCUAAGACCCUAAUUGACAUUCAACUUGCCCUUGACCUCAAGAACAAGCAGGGAUACUCAUUUGAACGUUGGCCACACAAUGACAGCAGUUCUAAGACCCUAAUUGACAUUCAACUUGCCCUUGACCUCAAGAACAAGCAGGGAUACUCAUCUGAACAUUGGCCACCAAUGCCAACAGUUCUAAGACCUUCACCUUGACCUUGACGUCAAGAACAAACAGGGAUACUCAUUUGAACAUUGGCCCCCAAUGCCAACAGUUCUAAGACCCUAAUUGACAUUCAACUUGCCCUUGACCUCAAGAACAAGCAGGGAUACUCAUUUGAACGUUGGCCACACAAUGACAGCAGUUCUAAGACCCUAAUUGACAUUCAACUUGCCCUUGACCUCAAGAACAAGCAGGGAUACUCAUUUGAACAUUGGCCACCAAUGCCAACAGUUCUAAGACCUUCACCUUGACCUUGACGUCAAGAACAAACAGGGAUACUCAUUUGAACAUUGGCCCCCAAUGCCAACAGUUCUAAGACCCUAAUUGACAUUCAACUUGCCCUUGACCUCAAGAACAAGCAGGGAUACUCAUUUGAACGUUGGCCACACAAUGACAGCAGUUCUAAGACCCUAAUUGACAUUCAACUUGCCCUUGACCUCAAGAACAAGCAGGGAUACUCAUUUGAACAUUGGCCACCAAUGCCAACACUUCUAAGACCUUCACCUUGACCUUGACCUCAAGAACAAACAGGGAUACUCAUUUGAACAUUGGCCACCAAUGCUUACAGUUCUAAGACCCUAAUUGACAUUCAACUUGCCCUUGACCUCAAGAACAAGCAGGGAUACUCAUUUGAACGUUGGCCACACAAUGACAGCAGUUCUAAGACCCUAAUUGACAUUCAACUUGCCCUUGACCUCAAGAACAAGCAGGGAUACUCAUUUGAACAUUGGCCACCAAUGCCAACAGUUCUAAGACCUUCACCUUGACCUUGACCUCAAGAACAAACAGGGAUACUCAUUUGAACAUUGGCCACCAAUGCUUACAGUUCUAAGACCCUAAUUGACAUUCAACUUGCCCUUGACCUCAAGAACAAGCAGGGAUACUCAUUUGAACAUUGGCCACCAAUGCCAACAGUU